AAAAUAAAAGUGUAGGUAAGACAGAAGGAAAAAAGUAAACAAGAAACAUUCUGGUUCUCUUAGGUGAUUGCAAAUGCUCAGAAUUAAUUGGGGGUAUAAAAUAAUGACACCAAACCUUUUUCAACCAAGUUAUCUCUGUCUGUCAGUGGGCCAGUUCAAGUCUGAGAAAAGGCCGGUGCUUGUGUUGUGUGUUGUGGCUUGUUUAACUCUACAAUAAUAUAUCAUCAUCAACUUUUUCAUUCCUUAGGUUUGUGUUUGUGGAGAAGCUAGUGCUAUUUCUCCAAUUUUAGUUCCCCUAUCCUCUCCGCGAUUAAUUACUAUGCCACCUGGUUUGGAGUACAAUAUCGAUGAUCUGUUUCAAGAAGCUAAGAGGAGAUGGCUCAAGCCUGUGGAAGUGCUUUACAUUUUACGGAAUCACGACCAGUGCGAGUUCACCCACCAGCCCCCUCAUCAGCCAGCUGGUGGAUCCCUGCUUCUGUUUAAUCGAAGAAUCAUGCGUUUCUUCCGUAAAGAUGGUCAUAACUGGCGGAAGAAAAAAGAUGGCAAAACUGUGGGAGAAGCGCAUGAACGGCUUAAGGUUGGCAAUGUUGAAAUCCUAAACUGUUACUAUGCACAUGGAGAGGAGAACCGUACUUUUCAGAGACGGAGCUAUUGGAUGUUGGAGCCGGAAUAUGACCAUAUUGUUCUUGUGCAUUAUAGAGAAACUAGUGAGGGGAAAUCCAAAUCUGAACAUGUCACACAAUUGUCAUCAGGUUCCUCUCCUGUUUUUAGUCAGAGUCAUAGCUCGUAUACUACUCACAACCCAGGAACAGCAUCCAUGUUUGGUGAUUCAUGUGAACCUAAUCAGAAAUUUUCUAGUUCUGGGUCUUUAGAAGAUACAUCCGAAGCACAAGCCUUGCGCCAAUUGGAAGAACAGCUGAGUUUGAAUGAGGACAUUUUCAAUGAAAUUGCACUUGAUUUAAUCCCAGGUCAAGAUCAAAGGGUGGUUUAUAAGCAAGAUAACUCUGUAGCUUUGUCUGGACCAAAUGAUCCAGGACAACCUUGUGAUGGAUAUAAUGGAAGAGAAGAUGACAGUGGUACAUAUUAUCAUGACUUUCUUGAUGAUUGUCCUGGUGGAAAUGAAAAAACUAUAUACUGGACUGAAGUGCUGGAAUCGUGUAAGCCCUUAUCUGUGACCAAAUUACCAGAUCAACAUGCAUAUGACGCGAUUGAAAAUGGAAAGUCAUUAUUUUCUUCAGGAAGAGGAAUGAUUGCCAACCGGGAAAAAAAUCAGUGGCUAAACUCCAACAGUAAUAAUGUUGAAAACUCUGUUUUCUUGUUUCCUCAAGACAUUGGAGUCAAAUUUCCUCCAUAUUCUAUGGUAGAAACUCCAGGAACUAACUAUGACUACUAUGAAACCUGUUUUGAUCAAUUCCAAAAUCAAGAACCUCUGGGUGUAGAUUCAAGCUUCACUGUUGUGCAGAAACAGAAAUUUACAAUUAGGGCAGUUUCCCCAGAAUACUGUUAUGCCACUGAGACUACAAAGGUGAUCAUUAUUGGGUCAUUUCUAUGCCAUGACUCGGAUUCUACCUGGGCCUGUAUGUUUGGUGAUGUUGAAGUUCCUGCAGAGAUAAUUCAGGAUGGUGUAAUCUGUUGUGAAGCUCCAUCUUAUCUUCUUGGGAAGGUUAAUUUGUGUGUUACUUCAGGAAAUAGGGUGCCAUGCAGUGAAGUGAGGGGGUUUGAGUUUCGAAAUAAGACUACUAGUUGCACUCGCUGUAAUUCAUUGGAAACAGAAGGCAGCAAAAGUCUAGAAGAUCUGUUAUUACUUGUUCGAUUUGCAGAGAUGCUCCUUUCUGCUUCAACUACAAAGGAUGACAGAAUAGAAUCUGGAAGUUAUCUUUCAACAGAACAGAAAGAUGAUGAUGAUUCAUGGAGCCAUAUUAUUAUAGACACUCUUCUAGAUGGCACCAGAACAUCAUCUGAUACUGUUAACUGGCUUCUUGAAGAGCUGCUGAAGGAUAAGUUGCAGCUCUGGCUUUCUAACCGAAGAGAUGAAGGGACAGGCUGUUCUUUUUCCAGGAAAGAACAGGGGAUAAUACACAUGAUUUCUGGGUUGGGUUUUGAGUGGGCCUUGAGCCCCAUUCUUAGUUGUGGUGUGAAUAUAAAUUUCCGUGACAUCAAUGGGUGGACCGCUCUUCAUUGGGCUGCUAGGUUUGGGAGGGAAAAAAUGGUUGCUUCGCUUAUAGCUUCUGGUGCAUCUGCUGGAGCAGUGACAGAUCCAAGUUCACAAGAUCCAACAGGUAAAACUGCUGCAUCUAUUGCAGCUAGCCAUGGCCAUAAGGGACUGGCAGGUUAUCUUUCAGAGGUAGACCUAACAAGCCAUCUGUCAUCCCUCACAUUGGAAGAGAGUGAGCUUUCUAAAGGAUCUUCUGAGCUUGAAGCCGAGUUAACUGUCAGUAGUGUCUCUAAAGAAAAUCUUGUGGCCAGUGAGGAUCAGGUUUCACUACAAGCUUUCCUGGAUGCUGUUAGAAAUGCAGCUCAGGCAGCUGCACGGAUACAAGCUGCUUUUCGUGCACAUUCUUUUAGAAAACGGAAAGAAAGAGAAGCUGCUGCUGACGCUGGUCUAGAUGGAUAUUGUAUUGAUGCAGGUAGCAUUGAUAAUAACAUUUCAGUGCUUUCUGCCGUGUCAAAACUUAGUUCUCAGAGCUGUCGUGAUUACAAUUUAGCUGCCUUAUCGAUUCAGAAGAAAUAUCGAGGCUGGAAAGGUCGUAAAGAAUUCUUAGCAUUGCGCCAGAAAGUAGUUAAGAUACAGGCUUGUGUAAGGGGAUACCAGGUUCGGAAGCAAUACAAGUUAAUAUUAUGGGCAGUUGGAAUCUUGGACAAGGUUGUGCUACGAUGGCGCAGAAAACGAAUUGGUAUACGAAGUGUCCGGCAAGAAAUGGAAUCAAAUGAAGAAGAAAGUGAUGAUGAAGAUUUUCUCAGCGUGUUCCGGAAAGAGAAAGUAAAUGCAGCAAUUGAAAAGGCUUUGAAGCAGGUGCUUUCCAUGGUCCAUUCCUCUGGUGCUCGUCAGCAAUAUAGGCGCUUGCUUUUGUUGUAUCGUCAAGCCAAGGCCAAGACUGAACGUGGCAGCACGAGUGAUGAAGCACCCUUAUCAACUUCGGAAGAGGAAGUUUCCAAUAUGGAAGAUGAUGAUUUGUGUCAAUUUUGGGAAACGUUCUGGCCUUCCUAGUUUUAUUUCUCUUUGGGGAUAAAUUUCUGACUUCCCAGCUUAUAUGGUGUGAGUAUUUGGAUGUGUAGAAUAAGCUUGAUUGAGCUUUUAGUUUGUAAAUCAGUCUAGGUUGUAUAGUGAUAAUGGCGAUGGACACUUUCUCUUUUUAUGUAAAACUGGCCUUCAAUGCUCUGGUGGUAUAUAGGGUUUCAAAUACAGUGAAGUUUUUAUUUCUUA